AUGGAUAGUGAAGAUGCUCAUUCAGCAAGUGAAUACUCACUAGAGGAAAAUAACAUGGAGGUCAUUGAUGUAUCCAGCACCGAGGUAAAGAUCAAAAACUCCCAAAGGAAAACACUUCCCAGAAUGACAAAGUACGAGAAGGCACAUGUGAUCGGUGUCCGUGCAUCCCAGUUAAGUGCGGGGGCCCCUCCGUUUGUAGAUAUAGGGAACGAGAGCAAUCCACUCAGCAUUGCCAAUAUGGAGCUGAACGAAAAGAAAAUCCCAUUCAUUAUUCGCAGAAGACUUCCAGACAAUAGCUUUGAAGACUGGGCAAUUGAUGAGCUAAUGAUACCUGGGGUAGACUUUCAGUAA